AUGUCAAGUAACUUCUCGGAAACAUCGUCAAUAUCUCAAUUCGUAUGGACGCCAUUAGAUGCUGUCACUUAUAUUGUGAAAAGGUGGAAAUCUUCAAAUAUUGUAGUGCAGCGUACUCAGUUUCCAAUAGUACCAGCAGGAGGUAUUACAAUUCACAAGUCGAAAGGUGCAACCUUAGAAAAUGUUGUGGUUCAUAUUUCUAAAACUGUAAAACGAUCGAUACUCUAUGUAGCUUGUUCCAGAGCAAUGUCAUCGUCUGAACUGUGUUUAGUCGUGAAUUCAGGUAGAUUUAAACCUCCUUCUGAAAUAUCAGAAUCGAGCGCUGUAAAUAUAGAAAUGAACAGACUAGAGCAAAACAAAUUGGUACCAUAUUUUAAUCUUUUGCAAACACCUGAAAAUAAUGCAGUUCAAAUGAUAUUUUAUAACGUGCAAUCAUUACGCAAACAUUUUUCAGACGUCAUCAUAGAUCCAAUUCAUUCCUCCCAUGCAGCAUUGUUUGUUGAAACCUGGGUAUGUAUUAGAGACACUUUUGAACUUGAUGGUUUUUAUGACGUGUGCAGAGUAGAUGGUCCAGCUAUAUCUAAUGCAAAUUCAGGUUGGGGAUCUAUCGCGUAUUUACGUCGCAAUCUUAAGAAUGCUGUGACAGAUGGAUCAUGUGAAAGAUAUUAUUUAAAUAACCCAGGCGCUGCAAAUAGGCAUUGUGAAUGCUUGCAUUUUGAAAUGUUUAAAGUGAGAGUGAUAACUGUAUAG